AUGGCUGAAGAGGUUGAGGCCCAGGAAUGGAAGCUGGCUCCUCGGCCGGGCAGGACAGGCUCGGCUGGCGGUGGCAAAGACAACGAGGACGACGCGGCGCCGUCUGCUGCCGAGCGGAUGGCCAAGGCUGUUGCCUUUCUGACCGAUCCAAGUGUGGCGAGUGCUCCCGAGUCGGCGCGGGUACAGUUCCUGGCUUCCAAGGGCCUCUCCGCUGAUGAGAUUGCCGAGGCGCUUCGUCAAGCGGCGGUGAAGCGGCCGAAGCUUCCAACAUCACAUCUUCCGCCUCGCGCAGGAUCAUUCAUUAACUCGGCAUGGCGCCAGCACGUGGCGCCCGCUAUUCCCUGGGACGCCAUCCGUGACGCCCUGCCCAACAGCCACCCCGCCGCGGAUGCCGCCGAGCCGGCUGCCGAGCUCGCUCCGGGCUCACUUCGACUCCGGCUCGCUGAGCCGAUGCUCAAUGACGAUGCAGCACAAGUUCAAGGAGGCGUCGAUAGUGUGGCGGCACGGACCGCAGCCGGGGAGACGACCCGGGAUUGGGCCCGCGCCGGAACGCCCGACCUCUCAGCCAUCGCCUCGGAGAAUGCGUCUGUGACCAUCGGUGGCAUUGAGGCCUCGCUCGAGCUUUCACGCGAGUAUCGCACCCUCUCCGAGUCAAUCGCACAGCUCCGUGAGGAGGUGAGCAGCCUUGCCGACAACGUCAAGGCCACAGCUGCCGCGCCGUCGCCGUCGCCGGGCGGCCCACGGACAGCCCGGCAGUCGAUUACGCCAUCUGCCAACGACAACUCGGUAGCGGCGCUCAAGGACGAAAUCACUUCGCUCCGCUCGCUUAUCAUGAACAGGCUUCCGGGCACUCCGCGGCCAAUCACCCCCCGUCUGGCGUCGCUUAGCAGUACCGGGAGCGUGGCGCCGACGCCGGCUGCAACCGCCGCUGUGCCAGCGCCGCCGUCUGCGCCAUCGCCGCCGUCAUGGCAGACUGCGCUGGCGCGGGCCACACCAGCGCCAACGACGACGUCUGCUGCUGCAAAAGCACCCAAGCCUGCGCCUGCUCCGACCCCUGCUCCUGCUCCUGCUCCUGAUCCUACUCCUGCUCCUGCUCCUCCUCCCUCGGCGCAGCCGCCGGUCCUGGCGGACAUCAUGCUCCCGGCGCCGGCUUUUGAGCCGACUUGCUGGUACCAUCCGCAUCCGGUGUUGUUCCAGGUUGACAUCAUUCGUCCCACUGCAGCCAUCCGGUUUGCGCUCUACUGUAACGACUACAACACAGGCGUCCGUCACCAGCGGGUCGCGGUUGUCGUCGACGCGGGCGCUGGGGACUCCGCAGAUGCCGACGCUUCCGAGGCCAAGUGGACUACCGCACGGGUCAUUGACGCGCUCGCUGGUGCUGAUGACGAGGCUGCGGCUGAAGUGACCAGCUUUCAGCCGACUCGCACUGCCGGAGUUGCCGACGCGUGGCUCGUCUACCAUGUGGCGGCGCCUGAAGCCGCGGUCGCGGCCGGCAAGCUUACGCUCCGGAUCUUGGUCGAGCGUAUGGGUGCGUCGCCCAACUGGGUCCUCUCGGGCGUGUUCUGGACGCCGCUGGGGGCAGAUAUGGCACCAAAGCCGCUCAUUCCAAGCACAAGUGACGAGGACGUCAGCUUUGUGCCGAUCCACGCCAUCGACCGUGAUGCCGGCGACCUUGGCGUGCUCAAGUACGGGCCGUGGGCCUCGGCUCGGGCCGACAGUGAACCCGCAGUCGGCGGUGCUGGCCUGCUCCUCGGCCCGAUGCCAACACUCUGCGCAGCACCAGCGUCGGUGGCGGGUGCGAGCGAUGGUGCAGGGCUCAAUCUUGCGACUGUCGACGGCGAGUUUCAAGUCUACGCCUGGAAAGCCGCAGCUGAGCUUGGGUGGUGUGCGAACGCCGAUGGCGAGGUCCUGGGCGCACUGCCGCGCCUCGAGCUGCCGCUGCGAGCGUUUGAGCCCAGUGCUUGGACCGGCACGAGGAGCAAUGUGAUCCGUGUCGAGGUUGAGGGCAGAGCUGGCGGGGAGCCCGGCAAGUGCCUGCUUGUCACGCUCUUUCUUGUCGACUACGGCCAGACGCUGGCCGGCGUCGACCUGCUCGCGCUGGUCCAUCCCAAGAGCUCCGGCAGGAGCGUGCCUCCGCUCGCACAGCAGCUGGUUGACGCCAUGCCGCUGCUGCCAGGUGCAAAGGGGCCGGACGCGCGGGUCCACAUCGACACAGUCCUCCUCCGUGAUGGCGUUUAUGUCAGCUACCAGGUUCCGGCGAACGGGGCGACGCUCGAUGUUCACCUUGAAGGUGAGAGCGGAUGGGCGGUGUCGGCGGUGCUGCUGGGGGAGAGCGAGGCGGCCGACGCGGUCGAGGGCUCCAAGUUCCGCCCCGCCGCGAGCGUUGUGCCGUCGCUGGGAAUGGGCAACUGGCGCGUGAGCGCCGGUGCGCUCGGCGGCCUCAUUCUCGGCGGCGAGCGGCACCAGAUUCCGCCGUCUAUGCGCGCGAGCGAAGGCGAGCAAGUGCCGGCGUUGCGUCCACCCGCCGCGGGCGGUAUACCCUGA